CUGACUCAAACACAAUCGUCAGGUCCGCAGACCAGUGCGACUCAAGUCCUGUUUCCAACCAGCACGGCCCCAACCAAUGCUCCGCCCAGGAGGAGCUCCAGACUGUUUACAAGUGCCAGCUCUACCACAAAGGAGAACAGUAAAAAGCUGAAAAUGAAGUUUCCGCCCAAAAUUCCGAACCGGAAACCAAAAAACAAGACCAGCAAAUCGGGAAUCACCCAACCCAACCAGAACGACAGUCUGGAGAUCAGCAAACUGGACUCUUCAGGCCUCUCGGAGGGCAAGGUGUCCUCAGUCACACCGCAAGUGCAGGCCUUCAACAUACAGAAGGCAGCUGCGGACGGGCUGAUGAACCUCCUGCGAGAGAUGGGGAAAGGUUACCUGGCGCUUUGCUCCUACAACUGUAAGGAGGCCAUCAGCAUCCUCAGCCAGCUGCCUGCUCACCACUACAACACUGGCUGGGUGCUGUGCCAGAUCGGGAGGGCACAUUUUGAGCUGGCUGAGUACAUGCCGGCGGAGAGGAUAUUUUCCGAGGUGCGGCGUAUCGAGAGCUACCGUGUGGAGGGGAUGGAGAUCUAUUCCACCACCCUGUGGCACCUGCAGAAGGAUGUCACGCUCUCCGUCCUCUCCAAGGACUUGACUGAGAUGGACAAGAAUACACCAGAGGCCUGGUGCGCCGCGGGGAACUGCUUCAGUUUACAGCGAGAGCACGACAUCGCCAUCAAGUUCUUCCAGAGGGCUAUCCAGGUGGAUCCCAACUUUGCCUACGCCUACACUCUCCUCGGGCACGAGUUUGUGCUGACAGAGGAGCUGGACAAAGCCUUGGCCUGUUUCCGAAACGCCAUCCGUGUGAACUCCCAGCACUAUAACGCCUGGUACGGUCUGGGGAUGAUCUACUACAAGCAAGAGAAGUUCAACCUGGCAGAAAUCCACUUCAGGAAAGCGCUGAACAUCAACCCCCAGAGUUCUGUGCUGCUGUGUCACAUCGGAGUGGUCCAACACGCGCUGAAGAAAUCGGACAGCGCUCUCGAAACUCUAAAUAAAGCCAUCGGAAUCGACCCCAAAAACCCUCUAUGCAAAUUCCACAGAGCCUCCAUCUUGUUUGCAAAUGAGAAAUACAAGGCAGCUUUACAGGAGCUGGAAGAACUGAAACAGAUCGUUCCCAAAGAGUCGCUGGUUUACUUCCUAAUAGGAAAGGUUUACAAGAAGCUGGGCCAGACUCACCUCGCGCUGAUGAACUUCUCCUGGGCCAUGGACCUGGAUCCCAAGGGAGCCAACAACCAGAUCAAAGAGGCCAUCGACAAGCGCUACUUGCCAGACGAUGAUGAGCCAGUAACCAACGACGGGCAGCUCAGCGAGGGCUACCAGUACGACACAGCGGGUACGGACGAGUCGCAGGAGAGCAGUAUGACGGACGCGGACGACACUCAGCUCCACGCGGUGGAGAGCGAGGAGAGCUUCAACUUGUAAAAAAGGAAAAAAAGAAAGAAAAAAAAAAUCUGUCCGAGCCCCAACCACAGCUCCACACAGUGACAGCUGCUCCUCUCUGGCCUUCGCUCCCUGCGUGUGUGUCUCUCUCUCUCUCCCUCUCUCCCUCACACACAGUCGGCCUGUGUCCCUCUCCGCUUCAGAUAUCUGUCUCAUGCAAUUUGCCAACGUGAAACGUACACAGAUCCCGAACUGCUCUUUUAAGAAACACAUCACUGCGUCACUGGGAGACUCCCACAAACUACUUUUUUUUUUAAUUUACAGCCUCGGCGAUAUUUAUGUUGGAAAAACGGGGCUUUGUUUUUAAACUUAAAUGGUGUUCACUAACCCGAAUGUCGACCUGUGGGUCUCUCGCUCUUCUCUCCCCCCCCACCUACCCAACCCCUCUCUGCUAUUCCUGCUCACGCCAGGCGUGAUCGUCGCUCUCUGUGGAAAUCCAGAAACUUGUGCUGCUCUUUUUUAACGGACGUUCAUCCCUAAGACUACUCUCGUACCUUGUACGUCGA